AUGGACGAAUUUACAAUAGUCAUACAAUUGACCAUUAUAGAGAUGAGAAUGGAAAAUUUCCCUAUUGGGUCACAGGAGAUGAUGGACUUGUUAGGCGAGUUUCAAGCGCCGCCAUAG